AUGGUGGUCCCUGUAGAGGGUCCAGCUGCAGCAGGGAGAGAAGUCUUGGAGUUUUACAACCCUGAUAUCAAGGAGUACUACAGCCGGCUGGCUGAGACCAUCCACUGUCGUAUUGAGGAGAGGCAGGAGCAGCAGCAUGACCUGCAGGUCCAGAUGAGGGAGCAGUGUGGGGACUACGAGGAGCUGCUGGGUCAGAAGAUGGCCCGGGACAUCGAGAUCGUUGCCUACAGGGGUUUGGUGGAAGAGGAGGAUGUGCUACCUGUGAGAGGAACCGAUCCAGACCAGGCCAAACAACCGGCUUUCGGCGAUGGAUAUCCCCCAUACAGAUUUGACGUGACGCCAAAACACAACAGACCCAAAUCAUCCAUUAGAGAUCCCAUGAAGCUAACCGCCACACAACCAUUUGAACAGAUGUAAACGUAUCGUAACAGAUGAACAACUUCUGGAGGGCGAGCCAGGCCAUUGAUAACAGGUCACUGGCAGGUGACCCCUGUCCUUUAGAAAGAUGGAAUUCUCUAACAUUGGGGGAGUUUCUUCAGUGUCUGUGAAGAGACUCUGAAAUGUCCCUAAGUGGUCUCUAUCUGUUGUGUCUACAGUGUCUGGAGGUCAUGGCAGGUCACCUUUCAUUUGCUUAACAGUUGUGGGUUUUACACAGAACUGGCAGUCAAGUCAGUCACACCGUUCAUGUAUACUUGGGAACUGGUAUAUUAGCUUUGCAAAUGGUUGGUGAAGUUGACAUUCUGCAGCUCCUAUAUACCUGGUCGACUACAGCAGGGAGCUUGUGUGCAGUCCCUGACUUAUUUGCUCAUUCUCUGCCCAUGACCUGGACGAACUUAGUCAAGUUUAAACCAAAACAAUAAAAAUAAAUGUUGCUUGACAUCA